GGCCAUGCGGCGGGCGGCGGGGCUGGGGCAGGGGCUGCUGCUGCUGGCGGCGGCGCUGAGCACCGCGGCGGCGGCGCGGAGCUGCCCCGUACAGAGCCUGGGCUGCAAGUGCGGGACCGAGCGGGCCAAAGCUCCCGGCGGCUCCGCACCGCCCCGACGGCGGGUGGUCUGCAGCGGCGGGGGACUCCCGGUGCCGCCCGAGCCGCGCCUGCUGCCCGACGGAACCGCCACGCUGCUGCUGAGCAACAACAAGAUCACGGUGCUGGAGAACGGCUCCUUCCUCGGGCUGCGGCUGCUGGAGAAGCUGGACCUGAAGAACAACCUGAUCAGCACAGUCCAGCCAGGAGCCUUCCUCGGCCUCCCCGAGCUGAAGCGUCUGGACCUCUCCAAUAACCGCAUCGGCUGCCUGAGCGCCAGCGUCUUCCGGGGGCUCCCCAACCUCCUCAGGCUGAACAUGUCUGGGAACAUUUUCUCCAGCCUCCCACCUGAUGUCUUCGAUGAGCUCCCAGCCCUGAAAGUUGUGGACUUUGCCACCGAGUACCUGACGUGCGACUGCAACCUGCGCUGGGUGCUGCCCUGGGCUCGCAACCGCUCGGCGCAGAUCUCGGAGCGCACAACGUGCGCCUACCCGCGGCACCUGCACGGCUUCCCCCUGCGGGGGGCGCCCGAGAGCCAGCUCCGCUGCGCCGGCGCCCCGGAGCUGCACACCCACCACCUCAUCCCGUCGCUGCGCCAGGUGGUGUUCCAAGGGGACCGGCUGCCCUUCCAGUGCACCGCCACCUACUUGGACAACAGCACCCAGAUCCGGUGGUACCACAACCGGGAGCCCGUGGAGGAGGACGAGCGGACGGGCGUCAUCGUGGAGGAGAGCCUCAUCCACGACUGCACCUUCAUCACCAGCGAGCUCAUCCUCUCCAACAUCCACGUCUCUGCCAACGGCGAGUGGGAAUGUGCCGUCUCCACCUCCCAGGGCAACGUCAGCAAGAAGGUGGAGAUCGUGGUGCUGGAGACCUCCGCGUCCUACUGCCCUGCCGAGCGGGUCACCAACAACCGCGGCGACUUUCGGUGGCCCCGCACCCUGGCAGGGAUCACUGCCUACCAGCCCUGCCUCCAGUACCCCUUCGCGGCGGGGCCGGGGGGCACAGGCUCGGCGGCGGAGAAGCAGGCGUGGCGCCGCUGCGACCGCACCGGGCACUGGGAGGAGGGCGACUACUCCCACUGCCUCUACACCAACGACAUCACCCGCGUCCUCUACACCUUCGUGCUGAUGCCCAUCAACGCCUCCAACGCCCUGACCCUGGCACACCAGCUCCGUGUCUACACCGCCGAGGCAGCCAACUUCUCGGACAUGGUCGAUGUCCUCUACGUGGCCCAGAUGAUAGAGAAGUUUAUCGGCUACGUGGACCAGAUCAAGCAGCUGACGGAGGUGAUCGUGGAGAUGGCCAGCAACAUCAUGCUGGUGGAUGACCACAUCCUGUGGAUGUCACAGAAGGAGGAGAAGGCUUGCACCAGCAUCGUCCGCUCCCUGGAGAAGAUCGCUGCCCACACCCUUGGCAGCAACUCCCAGCACAUGGCAGUGAACUCCCGCAACAUCGCCUUCGAGGCGUACGUGGUGAAGCCCGAGAGCUACGUGGGGCUGAGCUGUGUGGCCUUCCAGCGGCGGGACGGGGGCGCGGCCGCGCGUCCCCCCCAGGCUGAGCGCGGGGCUGAGCCUGUGUCCGACCAGCAGCUGAGGCUGCGCUGCACCACGGGGCGCCCCAACGUCUCCCUGACCAGCUUCCACAUCAAGAACAGCAUCGCCCUGGCCUCCAUCCAGCUGCCGCCCAGCCUGUUCUCCAGCCCUGUCCCCACCACGCCGGUGACCGACUGCAAGCUGCAGCUGCUGGUGUUCCGCAACGGGAAGCUGUUCUGCAGCACCGGCAACUCCUCCCGCCUGGCCGACGACGGCAAACGCCGCAGCGUGGCCACCCCGGUCAUCUACGCCGGGACCUAUGGCUGUGGAGUGGGGAACCUGUCUGAGCCAGUGGCUGUGUCCCUGCGGCACCCCAGGGAGGGCGCAGACCCGGUGGCUGCCUACUGGAACUUUGAGGUGCUGGGGGGCAUGGGGGGUUGGAGCGCCGAGGGCUGCCAGCUGGCUGCCCGGGAGCCCAACGUCACCUCCCUGCACUGCCGGCACCUCAGCAACGUGGCCGUGCUGAUGGAGCUGAGUGGGUUCCCCAGUGAGGCGCAAGGAGCUGCGGAGGUGCUGCACCCAGCCAUGUACACCUGCACGGCCGUGCUGCUGCUCUGCCUCUUCACCACCAUCAUCACCUACAUCGUCAACCACGGCACCAUCCUGAUCCCACGGAAGGGCUGGCACAUGCUGCUCAACCUCUGCUUCCACAUCGCCAUGACCGCCGCCGUCUUUGCUGGAGGCAUCACCCUCACCAGCUACCUGAUCGUCUGCCAGGCAGUUGGUAUCAUCUUGCACUACUCCUCCCUCUCCACGCUGCUGUGGAUGGCAGUGAAAGCCAGAGUGCUCUACAAGGAAGCCACCUGGAAGGCACCGCGGCAGCCAGAUGGGGACAUGUCCCAGCCAGCCCCCAGGCCCAUGCUGCGGUUCUACCUGAUCGCCGGUGGGAUCCCUCUCAUCAUCUGUGGGAUCACAGCAGCUGUCAACAUCCACAACUACCAUGACAACAACCCCUACUGCUGGCUGGUGUGGCGGCCCAGCCUGGGGGCUUUCUACGUCCCCGUGGCUUUCAUUUUGCUGGUCACCUGGAUUUACUUUCUCUGCGCCGGGCUCAGCCUCCAGUGCCGACCGUCACGUCGGAAAGACGUCCCCGAGCCCAUGGAGCCCCCACCACGGCUGGGUGGCGCUGGUGACCUCCUGACGGACUCUGGCUCCAUCUCAGUGACGCUGAACUCGGGGCUGCCCUGCCCGGAGGCGGACGGAGUCUACUCCCUGCAGGUGCAGUUCUGGGCGCUGGUGACCACCCACGCCCUGUACGUCGCCCUGUGGACGUUCGGUGCCAUGGCUGUGUCCCAGCGCUGGUACCUCAACAUCGUCUUCAGCUGCCUCUACGGCAUCACCGCCGUGGUGCUGGGACUCUUCAUCUUCAUCCACCACUGCGUCCGGCGCCGGGAUGUCCUCAACUCCUGGUUCUCCUGCUGCCCCUCCUACAGGAACGCUCUGCCCAUGCAGGCGUACGUCCACCCGGGGCUGGCACCAGAGGACGGCUCCCAGGUCUUCAUCGGCUGUGACCCGGAGGCAGCUCACUCUGCAGCCUCCUCCUCCUCCUCACCCAGCAGCGCCAGCUCGGCCGGGGGCCGCUGCAAACUCACCAACCUGCAGGUGGCCCAGAGCCAGGCGGACGCUCGCCCGGCCGCAUGCCCGGAGCCAGACCCCACCGAGGGCAAGGUCACCGUCGCCGGCCGCCACGCCAGCAACCUCCACGGCCGCAGGAGCCACCGGGGCAGAACUAAGCAGUGCCGGGACGGGAAGCAUCACCGCUUGAAAAUGCUGCGGGGCCCCUCCUCGGAGCACCCCUCCAGCGAGAGCGGGAGCCUGCACAACAGCCACUCCGAGAGCUACCACAGCGGCAGGAACAGCCCCGGCAGCAGCGGCCGUGCGGGGGCACGGCUGCCCCAGGACGGGGACAUGGCGCCCAGCCCCUCGGAGGGCAGCGACGGCGGGCGCCGGGGCCCCGACUUCGGCGAAGCUCGGCGGAGGAGCGCCAGCAGGGACAACCUGCGGCAAGCCAGCGCCGGGGACAAGGAGGCCAAGCGCCGCUCCUACCCCCUCAACGUGGCCAGCCACAACGGUGGCCUCAAGGGCAGCAAGUACGACAUCAACCUGGCCAGCGCCGACAGCGUGGCCGGGAUGAAGACCGGGCUCUGGAAGAGUGAAACCACCGUGUAGAGGUGGGGAAGGACCCCACGGCCACAGCAGUUUCCUCCGGGGCGUCUGCCAGGAGCCGCCACGGGCACUGGCGGGGGUGGGUGGCACGGCUGGGAGCUCUGACCUCCCACCCUGGGCACAGGGUGAUGCCAAGCUCACCCUGUCCCCUGCUGAGGCUCAAAGCUUCCUGUGGCAGGGGCAGGGUUUGGGAGCCAAAAGGCAGCCCUGGCUCUCCAGCAGCCUGGCUGGCAGCUGUGCUUCAGUCACUCCUGCAGAUGGCUUGAGACUGAACCCUAGAUGCUACAACCAAGAGAGGAGAGUUCUGAUUGCCAGAGCUCUGCUAUUGAAUGUAUCUCUGUCUAGACAGAGCAGAGAGGGAUGUGAGUGCCUCGUUACCCACCAGUGUUCUCCAGCAGCGGGCACGGCCCCGGCGCUUUGCCAGCAGCCUGCUCCCGCCUCGACUGCAAUGUCCCCGCCCAGGGGACCACCCCAAGUGCCCUUUUUUCAGUAGAGGCACCCUAGGGCCGACACCUGCACGACCCCAACCCCAACAAGCUGCUGCUGAGCAGGUCAGAGGAGCAGCUUCUCCAGCUGAAGCGUUCUGCCAGGCUGAAGUUUGUGUUAGGUGCCAGCGUUCAGCCCUGGGGGCUGGGCAGUUGCUGAAGUGAAAAGCCAUAACUGCAAAGCAAGCACAAGGUGAGAGGAGCCUCAGCCCCGAGGUGAGGGGGUCGUCUGCACUGUUUGGAUGCCAAACACUAAGAGCCUGGCCAGAAAAGGCUCCCCCCAGCCCUCGGAGGCACAAGCUAUGCAAUGGGGGUGGGCUGCCAGAGGCUGACCCGCUCCACCCAAGCACCAAAGAGCUGAAACCAAAAGCAGGUCUCAGCCUUAACCCAAGCAGGGGGAGGGGUGGUGGUGUUACACAGAAAAUACUUGGGCUUGCUCUUAGGAAGGCAGAGAAACCCCCUGGCUACCAGCCUUGCUCUUGUGUAAGACAAGAAGGUGGCUCUGGGGAGCCAGGCCUGUUCCUGGGAGAACGACGCCAGUGAACUGGGGACCUUCCCUGGGCAGCUCCCAAGAUGCAUUCAGAGGGCUGGCACUUGGAUAAGCACUUAUUGUCCCCACUUAUAAACAAGCCUCCCCCCUCCCCCCCUUCUUUAAAGCAUGUAGCUUAAAAAGUAAAAAAAAAUCCCCACUGCAGGCAGCAGCAGGCUGCAGGCAGCAGCAGGCUGCAGGCAGCAGCAGGCUCCUGCCAGGUCUUGAAGGAUCCUAAAACCAGAGGAGGUUGGUUGCCCCCCCAGCCAGGCAAGGAGCUCCCUGUGCUGGUCCCAGUACAGCUCUGCCAGCUGCCUGCCUGUGCCCAGCAGGGCUGUUAGGAGCAGGGGCUUGAAACCAGAGCAGGGCAGGUUUAAGUUGGACAUCAGGAGGAAGUUCUUCACUAUGAGGGUGGUGAAACACUGGAACAGGUUGCCCACAGAGGUAGUGGAGGCUCCAUCCCUGGAGACAUUCAAGGUGAGACUCGAUGGGGCCCUGAGCAGCCUGCUCUGGUUGGGGGU